AUGAUUUUGAUUGAUAAUAUCAAGCACGCCUGCGCAUCUUGCAUCAAGGGCCACAGAUCAUCGUCUUGUCAACACAAAGAUAGGCAUCUGCUCCCUAUAAGACGCAAAGGAAGACCCAUAAGCCAGUGUGAUCAAUGCAGGGAAGAACGCAAGAAGAGACGGGUGCAUCAGAAAUGUUCAUGUUCAAGUAAAAAAGGUAUGUAUACUACAGAAAAUAGUCGUGUAGAUAUAGCAAACAAGUCAUCAUGCUUAGUUGACUUUAUUGACAUGCCAAUUACAUAUUCAAAUAAAGAUCUCAAUGUGAUUAUAGAGUAUCAUGACAUUUCUCAAAUGACAAUUGAAUUAAAAGAAUGGGCAUUUAAUCUUGUCAAGUCUAACCUUUACCACCUGUAUCGAAAGUCUAAUGAUGGUUGGAAUGCCCUGGAAAAAAAGGCGGAAAUGAGUACACCCGAAGCCCGGUAUCUUAUUGCUCGUUCUGCCUCUGAUCCAAAUAUUCUGUAUGGAUUUUUGUUGUUUCAAAUGGUAACAGAAGAGACUAUGGACGAUGAUGUUAUGGCAGAAGUAGCGUAUUGCUAUGAACUUCAAUUGGUUGAAUCGGCAAGAAAUUAUGGACUGGGAGAAUAUUUUAUGAAAUUACUGGCCGAGAUAGGAAAUCACUGGAAAAUGGACAAGAUGAUGCUGACUGUAUUCAAAUCCAACAAAGGAGCAUUUAGGUUCUACAAGAAACUCGGAUUUGAAUUGGAUGAGAUCUCACCAAGUGCCUGUUUAUCUGCUCUCCAGGCACGCAAAUUUGAUUAUGAAAUACUAUCAAAAAAGUGCUCAUAG